AUGUCGUCCCUCCUCUCCACCCUCCCACUCCACCAGCCUACACUCCCCAACAUCCUCCUCUCCCUCCUAACAGCCCUCACCCUCUACCUCCUCACCCUCGCCCUUUACCGCCUCUACCUGCACCCCCUCUCGCGCUUCCCAGGCCCCACCCUCGCCGCCCUAACCUACCUCUACGAAAUCCACCACGACGUCUUCACCACCCCGAACGGCCAAUUCGCCACGCACCUCAACACCCUCCACGCCCGCUACGGCCCCAUCAUCCGGUGCUCCCCGGACGAGAUCCACGUGCAGGACUCGGCGUGGUUCGACACGCUCAUCGGCGGACCCGGGCAUGUGCGGGAUAAAUGGGCCAAGGCGAACCGCGCUAACGGGAGUCCGGGGAGUUUGGCGAGUGCGACGGGGCAUGAGUUGCAUCGGAUGAGACGGGGGGCGUUGAAUCCGUUUUUUAGUAAGAGGACGGUGGAUCAGCUCGAGACGUCGAUCAGGGCCAAGACGGAGAAGUUGUGCGCUAAGAUCGCGGAAUAUGCGCGGGAGGAGAAGGUCGUGGAGUUGGGCACGGCGUUCACGGCGCUGACGCUGGAUGUGAUUACGGAGUAUUGCUACGAUAAGUGUCAGAAUUGUCUGGACGAGGAGGAUUUCGCGCCGCGCUGGAAGGCGUUGAUGAUGCAGUUGUUCGAGAGCACGCCCGUGGCGAAACACUUCCCUAUCGUCGCACAGACGCUCGCGAGUCUGCCGCGGUUCGUGGUCAAGUACCUCAACCCGGGUUUCGUGCCGUUCUUCGAAGCGCAAGAUUUGAUCCAGGAUCAGGCGAGGCAGAUCUGGCUGGCGGAGCAGAAGAAUCCCUCCAAACCGACGUCCGAGGACGAGAGGCCGAAGACCAUCUUCCACGGUAUCCUGAACUCGAACCUGCCCCCGCAAGAGAAAUCUAUGCAGCGCAUGGCCGACGAAGCCUUCGUCCUCAUCGUGGCCGGCGGCGAAACGACCGCGCGAGUAGCGACCGUCAUCCUCGCGAACCUCCUGCAGAACCCUACUCUCUACCAGCGUCUCCGGAAAGAGAUCGCCAACGUCAUGUCCGGGCCCGAACUCCCGUCAACCCGGCAAUUGGAAGACAUCCCCUUGAUGCGAGCUGUCGUGCAGGAAGGCAUCCGGAUCGCGGCGCCCGUGACGUCCAGGCCGAUGCUCAUUGCGCCGAAUGAGGAGAUGCGGUAUAAAGAGUGGGUGAUUCCGAGGAGUACGCCGACGUCGAUGACGCUGCAGUCUGUUCUGUUCGAUCCGGAGAUUUUCCCUUCGCCGCAUACGUUUGAUCCGGAGAGAUGGAUUCGCGCUGCGGAGGAAGGGAAGAGGCUCGAUAGGUUUCUUGUGACGUUUUCGAAAGGGACGAGGAUGUGUAUUGGGACGAACGUGGCGUACGCGGAGAUGUACCUGGCUGUGGCGGCUUUGGUGGCGAGGUUCGAUUUCGAGUUUGUCGACUUCGAUAUGAAGAGAGAUCUGGAGGUCACGAGGGAUACGUUCGUGGGGAUGCCGUCGAAGGAGUCUAGAGGGGUGAGAGUCAAAGUGUCGUCUGUAGUGAAGUAA